AUGGCAAAGACACUGUUGUUCUGGAUCGGCCUGGUUCUCCUGGGCGUCGUCCUGUGGCAAUUCGUUCAGCGCAGCGGCUCCGACGAGGAAAGGGAGUGGACCUUCUCGGAGUUUAUCCACCAAGUGGAGCAGGCCAACGUGCAGGAAGUGGAGAUUGUGGGAAGCAAGGUCAAAGGAAAGACCAAAGACAAUACUUCCUUCACAACCGUUGCUCCCGACUAUAAGGAUUUGAUCCCCCGCUUGCUGGCCAAGAACGUCGCCAUCAAAGCCAAGGAGCGUUCACAGAGUCCCUGGCUGACCGCUCUGAUCACCUAUGCCCCCUUUCUGCUGCUGAUCGGAAUCUGGAUCUUCUUCAUGCGGCAGAUGCAGAGCGGCGGCAACAAGGCCCUUUCUUUCGGGAAGAGCCGGGCCAAGCUGCUGUCCUCCCAACAGAAGAAAGUCACUUUCAAGGAUGUAGCCGGCGCCGAGGAAGCCAAGGAAGAGCUUCAGGAAAUCAUCGAAUUCCUGAAGGACCCCCAGAAAUUUCAGAAACUGGGGGGCCGGAUUCCCAAAGGGGUCCUGCUGGUCGGGCCACCGGGCACGGGCAAGACGCUUCUGGCCCGUGCCAUCGCCGGCGAGGCCAGUGUUCCCUUCUUCUCCAUCAGCGGCUCCGAUUUCGUAGAGAUGUUCGUGGGCGUCGGUGCCUCCCGGGUGAGAGACCUGUUCGAGCAGGGCAAGAAAAAUGCCCCCUGCAUCGUCUUCAUCGAUGAGAUCGACGCGGUCGGCCGUCACCGGGGCGCGGGCCUGGGCGGGGGGCACGACGAGCGCGAGCAGACCCUGAAUCAGUUGCUGGUCGAGAUGGACGGGUUCGAGUCCAACGAGGGUGUGAUCCUCAUUGCGGCCACCAACCGCCCCGACGUGCUGGACCCGGCCCUGCUGCGCCCCGGACGAUUCGAUCGCCGGGUGACGGUGCCUCGUCCCGACGUGAAGGGGCGGGAAGGCAUCCUUCAAGUCCACACCAAGAAAAUCCCCCUGUCGGAGGAUGUGAAUGUCUCGGUUCUGGCUCGCGGCACCCCCGGUUUUUCAGGGGCCGAUCUGGCCAAUCUGGUCAACGAAGCCGCGCUCAACGCCGCCCGGUACGAUCAACAGUCGGUCACCAUGCUGGAUUUCGAGAGCGCCAAGGACAAAGUCCUGAUGGGUGUGGAGCGAAAGUCCCUGAUCAUCAGCGAUGCCGAAAAACGGAACACCGCCUAUCACGAAGCCGGUCAUGCCCUGGUGGCGACCAUGCUUCCCCAGGCCGACCGCUCCACAAGGUCACCAUUAUCCCGCGGGGGAUGGCCCUGGGUGUGA